AUGUCUUCGCCGUCAAGAAGCGGGAUACCGCAGGACAUUGCGAGAUCUCAUUCGCCCAGCCUCUCCCAGCAUCGGCCAUUCUCGUCGUCAGUGCCCCGAGAAGAGCUUACCGCGAGACUUGCCGAGCCAGUCCGGGCUGGAUCGCCCAUGAGAAGCGGUUCGCCUCGUCCGGGAUUCGCAAAGCCUGAAGGCGGCGAUAGUCCAGCGUUUGCCCAAGGCCCUGGCGUGUCAGCUCUGGCUGCCGCCUUGUCCGACUCCCUGGGACAAACGCCGCCGCGACACGGCACUCCUCCAGCCCGCGUCAGCACACCGCCGGUCCGGCCGUUAUCUCCCGGAAGAGGCCGCUCUGCUACACCGACAAAUUAUGGCUCCUUUGACUCGAGAAGCCGCAUCGGGGCGGAGAGCACCGGGCCCUACGAAGACCCGGAAAUUGUCAGGAGGCAUUUGGUGCAGCCCAGUGAAAUGGAUAAUCCCACGUCAGAGGCCUCUUCAGAGACUGGCAAGGGCAAACAGGCAGCCGAUGCCGGGGCUGGUACUACUGGCCUGAGUGAGGAGGAAUUCUCGAGUCUGCGUCUGCAAGGCGGUGAUGUAACACGGGGAAUCUACAAAUGGGCUGAACAGGCAGAGGCCAAGACGAGGAUGCAGCGCAGCAAGAGUUUUGACUACUCAAGACCCGAACCUGAAAGCGAGACCCUUGACAUCAACUCCAUCAAAGUGCCAGGAGGCUUCCGAAGGAAUCAUCUCAGGAGAAACGUCAUCAGCCCGUCUGGACACCACGAAGAUGGCUAUGGAGGAAUUGACUCCCCGGGCAGCAAUCAGCGACCCCUCUUUACAUCAAGCUUCUUAGAAUUCUUGUCCAUCUAUGGCCACUUUGCCGGUGAAGAGUUGGAAGAAGACGACGAGGCUCUCGGCCCCAACGAAUACUUUGGAUCUGGCGAGGAUAACGAAGAAGAAGAAGACGAAGAACCAAUGGAGGAUAGUGCUCUGCUUGGCCCCUCGAAAAAGAAGCGCAGGAGAAAGGUCCGUGGCGGCAGCGGCCAGAACACCCAGAUGAACGCUGCUCUGCUGCUGCUCAAGUCCUUUGUCGGAACUGGUGUCUUGUUCUUGCCGCGUGCAUACCUCAAUGGUGGUAUGAUGUUCAGCAACCUUGUCCUCAUUGGUGUGGCGAUUCUAAGCUACUACUGCUUUGUUUUGCUGGUUACGACACGACUGAAUGUCGAGGGUUCGUUUGGUGACAUGGGCGGUAUUCUAUAUGGAAAAUGGAUGCGAGCCGUCAUCCUUGCGUCGAUUGUUCUCAGCCAGAUUGGAUUUGUCGCCGCCUACAUCGUCUUUACAUCGGAGAACUUGCAAGCCUUCAUCUUGGCCGUGACAGACUGCCAGAAGUCUGUUAGUAUUCCAGUGUUGAUUUUCUUGCAGAUGAUUGUCUUCUUGCCGCUCUCUCUCAUCCGAGACAUUGGCAAGCUCGGCUUUACAGCUCUGAUUGCGGAUGCCUUUAUUCUGAUAGGACUCGCGUAUCUCUUCUACUACGAUGUGUUGACGCUCGCCGCUAAUGGUCUCGCCGACAUCAUCAUGUUCAACCAGAAGGACUGGACGCUCUUCAUUGGUACAGCCAUUUUUACUUUCGAGGGUAUUGGUCUCAUUAUCCCCAUCCAGGAAUCGAUGAAGCAGCCCGAAAAGUUCCCCAGGGUCAUGUUUCUUGUUAUGAUUAUCAUCACUGUCCUCUUCACUGUCAUGGGCGCCAUUUCCUACGCUGCGUACGGAUCCGAGACGCAAACUGUUGUCCUCCUCAACCUGCCGCAGGAUAACCGCAUGGUCAACAGCGUGCAGCUCCUCUACUCGAUGGCCAUUUUGCUAUCCACUCCGCUGCAAAUCUUCCCUGCUAUUCGUAUUGCCGAGACCGCGCUGUUUACGAGGAGUGGCAAGUACAACCCCUGGAUCAAGUGGCAGAAGAACAUCUUCCGGUUCUUCUUGGUGGCCAUGUGUGCUGGCAUUGCCUGGGGUGGCGCCGACAACCUGGACAAGUUUGUGGCUUUGGUGGGCAACUUUGCCUGUAUCCCCUUGGUCUACAUCUAUCCUCCCCUGCUCCACUACAAGGGAGUCGCACGAAACAGGUAUUGGAAAUACUCCGAUAUUGCGCUGUGCAUCUUUGGCCUUAUUGCCAUGGUUUACACUACUAGCUUGACCGUUAUGAGCUGGGCCAACUCCGAGCCCAAGCUCCCCGGAUACUGCGACCGAAGAGGCAACUAA